AGGACGGCUCCGCCCAGGUGAUGGUGUUCCCAGAGCGCAACGCGGCUCACGUCUUCCUCGCAGACGGAACCGUUGUCACGGGAGACGGCUGCGGCGUCUAUCAGGUGUUUCCCUCCAAAGCAGGCCGGCUUCUGAUUGGGCAGGACGGGACAUGUAUUUACUAUCCAGACUCCACCCCCUCUAGCCCUGGUAGCCAAUCAGGAAGCUACAGACUCAGCACGACACAUGGGCUGACCUGUGACGUCACAGACCCUGAGGGAAACCGCUUCCAGGUGCAGCAGAGCGGCCAGGUGUCUGUGGUCCUCAGUGCUGCAUCAAGGGCGUCUGAGGAGGAAGACCUCACACAUGGAGAGCACUCUCCCAGGCAGCCGGGGGUAGAGUGGCUCAUCAACGCCUCGCUGCCCGGUGGCUCAGGUUUGGAAGACGUGGACGAGCCCGUCCAGAUGUAG